UACUCCCUGGAGAAAAUCACCUCCAAGUGCAGAGCAAACACUGAAGAAGAAGAUAUUUUGACACCAAUCCCUAUUGACUGUUCAACCUUUAACCUUUAAUAACCCAAUCACUGAAACUGAAAAGUUGCUGCCUGCUGCACACGCUGUGGGUUUGUUUUGUUGCAGAUAGUUGCUGUAAGAAUUUCAGUAAAUAUUCAGAUACAGAUCAUGCCCCUGGCAUAGGCCUUAUUAUCAUAUUCAUCAUGAUCUAACUAGUUUGGCUGGCAUCUAUUUCGGUAAUCAGUUGCUGCCUUUUUCUGUAUGGUGCUUUGAUAAAGCUUUAUGAAGAUACAUCUAGUCGCAGAUGAAAAACCCAUUCUUCAAUACAAUAUUUGGAUAAGAAUUAGCUUCUUGAUUUUUAAGGUUUGCAUGCAAAUUAUAACAACUCUUUAACUUGGAAUCAAAAGUUGUUCCCAUCACAGGCUAGAGAUGGUUGGAUCAGCUUGCAUUCAUGUUAGUUUGACAAUUUCCUACCCUAAAAAUAAUUAUUGUCCUUUUCAUGUUCAGGUUCUGGUAGUCUUUUAGAUAGGUUGUUGCUGGCAAUUCCAAUAUUUCACUGCUAUGGCCACAAGUUACCUUGUAAGGUUAAGUACAGUCCUCGGCGAGUUGUUGGUGUUGGGUUAACAGACGGUGAGACACUGGAAUGUCUGGUCCUUUUUGCGGAGUUUCUCAAAGAUAACGAAAGAAAUGACCCCCAGUCACAGGAUAGAUGUUCUUACUGAUGCUAUGAUCUAUUACACAAACAAGAAGUUCGCAAAGAUCGGUCCGUAUCUGGCGUCAAAGCUGACGAAAGCCGAGGAUGUAAUGUCAACAACAAAAAAGGAAUUGAAAGCUCUCCUUGAAGUGUCAGAUAGUCAGGUAGAACUCUGGCUUGCAGAGGCACAGAAUCCUGCUGGUUGUCAGCGACUGAGACGAGAUCUGUCCAGCAAGGCCAGUAUCUUACAUUCUGUCAACAAACACAGUGUUGAGGGGAGGCUGCAUCUCGAAAUGGUAAAGAAUUAAUUAUGCCGAGGGUCGGUCCCUCCCUUCUCCUGGGACAGAAAAGAAAAAGAGGUUACGAAAGAACAAACAGAUGAGAAAAAAGGCUCAAUUAGUUGAAGAUCAAGUUGCUAGCUGUUCUUUUCAAGAUGGCAGCCUUCUGGACAAUGAAAGUACUCGGAAACCUAUUGCACCUGUUGCUGAUUCUUCUCAUCAGGAUGACUGCAGACAAGAUACUGAAACACAGGAACAGUUAAAUGGAGCUGUAGUGUCAACAAGUUCACCAAAUAAGAGUCAUUGUGCUGCUAGCACAUAUACACAAGCAUGGAUAUCAAAAUUUGCCUCACACGGUGCGCCUACUGGUAGUUCAACUCUUACAAAAGAAGCCAUAACUGUUCAAACAAGGAAGUUAUGUCUGCAAAGUUCCACAGAGAGAAGGUCACCAGAAAAAUGUCCGUCACAAGAAAGUUCCAAAUUAAGACAUCUGAGAAGUGACUACGAAAAGCUUGAAGACAAGUGUGAAUGGCUAAAAGAUGAACUUGUGAAGACAGACAGGCGCUAUAAAUACUUAUAUGAACAGUACAACAACGUGCAAUUCAUGGCCUCAGUGCGGAAUGAACGACACAAAAUUUGUACCCACUUUCGAAUGGCGGAGCAAGUGUCGUCAUAUGCUGUCAAGCAGGUUGAAGAGAGUUUUUUUAGCAACGUAUUUUUCAAUCCAGACUGUGACAUAGACAACGUCAUUGUUCCUAUCAUCAAUGUAAAGCUGAUGAAAGUAUUAAAAGUUGGAGACACUUGCCAAACAUACAAAGCCGCCUGCCACACUGUCAAUAGGUUCGCUGCUAAGCAAUACAGUGAUGAGAACUAUGCAUCCGUUGUCAACCGAGAGUUUCGGGUGCUGUCCUGUAUCAAUGCCACAUUUACCCCAUUCCCAAUUGGAGUAUAUUAUAAGGAUAACAAACCGGCAUUGGUGACUUCAUUCCACCACAUUACGGGGACUGUAUAUAGCUUAAAGGACUGUUUUUUGGAUUUUCCUUCCCAUUUAAGUGGGAGGGGAUGGGUGAAAGCAACGGUCACAUUUGGCUUUCACCUCAGUCACCUCUUCGUAAGACGGUUUUUGCAUAACAACUUGAAGGCUGAUAAUGUUGUGCUGGAUGCAAAUGAGAAGGGCAUAGAUGUCAUUCUGUGCAGUUGGAAAAAUUCUUGUAGAAUCGAAUCUGCCCGAAUUCUCACAGAGAAGCAAACAAAAAAGCUUGCGGACAAUAUUGUUGUCCCAGAGGUUUUGCGCAGAGAGAAGCCAUUUUCAAUUGCAAGUAACAUUUAUGCAUUCGGUUGUCUUGGAAUCUUGGUUGUGAAAUAUUGUAGGGCAUAUGAAAUCACGGAUUACAAUUUACCAGCUCUGGAAAGAUUCUGUCUGAAAUGUGUGAGUCCAAGAUCUGCAGCAAGGCCAGAUGUUGAGCUGUUUGACGAAUACCUCGAAUCAUUUGACAUAUAAUAAUGUGUGACUCUAACUGAAAAGACAGUACAUGUAUCCCUCUGACAUUGGCGGAUGGUAUUUUGGAGAACUUUGUUUUCCACCUGGAGGUUCUAUCUUGACUGAGAAUACUUGGCCUGUAAGGUCACAUACAAUUUACAAACUGUAUGACGAGUUUGGGUCUUAACCCUUUAGCUCCUGCGAGUCUACAAAUUUUUUUCCAGCAUCUCCCUGAAGAUUUCCAGGUAUUCCUAUAGUGUAUAGACUUUUGGCAAAAGAGAUACAAAAAGUUGAGAAUGAAGUACUACAAGUUAUUUUGAAGCUAACAAUCAUACCUACAAUAUGAUAUCAUAAAUUUUUCAUUUUUAACCCCUUGGUAUCGACAGGAUUAACCCUCUCAGCAAUUUAGUGAAAAUUCAUAAAAAUGCCCUGUAGUAAACAACAGAAUCAUAAGAAGUUCCUACCUAAUCAAAAAAAUCCAUAAAGAAACCCAAAUGUACGAUAAUCCAACCUAAUAUCGAUCGAAAAACACAACCCGGCAGUCUCCUGUACAUGAAUACAUGAAUGGGUUGAUAUGAAGUUAUGGUUUGCACAUGUCACAUUUGUUGGUCAAGUUGGACCAUGAGAAUUGCGAAAUUAAAACACCUACAAAAAUUUCCAGGGUGUGGUUUUAUUGCUGAAUUGACAUGUAGACGAUGGAUAUCUUUUUACCGGUGAAUACUAGUUGUAUGUUGUUAUUAUCAAUAUGUCAGGCCUUCCUAGUUGGUCACAAGUUGUCAUAGUGACUUGUCUAGUUCGAAGUGUUCUGUUCAAUAAAAACACUUGAAUUCA